AGUCUCACCGAGUCCAGAGAAUCCACUUUGAAAGCAACAUGGCAGAAUCCGCUCCCGCCGCCGCCGCCGCCGCCGCUCCGGCCAAGGCCCCGAAGAAGACAGCCACCAAGCCGAAGAAGGCGGGCCCCAGCGCCGCUGAUCUCGUGCUGAAAGCCGUCACCGCCUCCAAGGAGCGUAAAGGGAUUUCCUAUGUCGCCCUGAAGAAGGAGCUGGCCGUUAAAGGCAUCGACAACGCCAACCAGGUGAAACGCGCCGUGAAGAAGUUGGUGGAGAAUGGAGCCCUGGUGCAGGUCAAGGGAACCGGAGCCAGCGGCUCCUUCAAGGCAGCCAAGGCCGCCGAGAAGCCCAAGAAGGUAGCGAAGAAGCCCGCAGCCAAAGCCAAGAAGCCGGCAGCAGCACCAGCGAAGAAACCCGCCGCUAAGAAGCCAGCAGCCAAGAAGGCAGUAACACCCAAGAAGGCGAAGAAGCCUGCUACUGCUGCUAAGAAAACCUCCGUGAAGAAGAUCACAAAGAGCCCGAAGAAGGUGGUGGCAAAGAAGGCAGCACCCAAGAAGGCAGCACCCCCCAAGAAGGCAGCGACCCCCAAGAAGGCAGCGACCCCCAAGAAAGCUGUGAAGAAGGUGGUUAAACCAGUUGCCAAAGCAGUGAAGAAGGCACCAGCCAGGAAAGCAUCGAGGAAGUAAACUGAUCAUCUACUUCAUCUCCAAAAGGCUCUUUUAAGAGCCACCCACAUACACCAAAAGAGCACUUGUCCUGUUUAAAUAUUGAAUUUUGUUUUAAUAUGAUUUUAUGAAAAAAAAAUGUGUGUGUAAAAAUGCAUAAUUACAUGAAACAACAUAUACUGCUCCCAUGUGUUAUUGAAGGUCUUCA